AUGAACGACACAAGAGGGUGGGCAACCCAUGAUGGCAUGAACAAUAGUUCUUUAUGUUCGCUGACGGGCAAAAGAUUUCAGCAGCAGUGGAGCACAUCAACAGACACCACGCUCGAAUCUCAGAUAGCCCAAGCGUCGAACAAUUAUGCAAUAUCAGAUUCAUCCUUCACCCAACAGCUAAACAAUACUGAUAUCAGUCCCCAAAGUGAUAACUCAUCGCUUCAGAGUUGGCCAUCUGCUGUGCAGAAUUUUACGACGCAUUCAGCAUCGUUCCCCGGAGCCUUCAGUACGGCUUCCUAUCCCACAACUACAGCCUGGACUUCUGCAGGUAUCCCAGCCCUGAAUAACUAUGCAUCGAACCCAAGUGUCGAGAAUUUCAUGGGCUCCAGCUUUCCAAAAUUUGAUAAUCUUGGUCUUCAUAACCAGAAGCCACUAGAGAACACGAUCGACUUCGGCGACUUCAACACUGACUUCAGUGCCUUUGAAAGUGACGGUACUGGCUCAGACGGGCACACGAUAAUCAAUCUCGGCCAAUUUCCAACUAGUCUAGACGACCCCAUCAAUCUGCAGACGACCCCCUUCCCUCGAAGACAAUCAGCCUCCUCAUUCGUGUCGAGCGCGGGCCCAAUGAACGACCCGCCAGAUGCUUCCUCUUUUCCGGAGACAACGUCCCACACAUCCGACUACACUCCUCAGGGCUCUUUAAACAUGUCCUCGACACCGCUGUCGCCUGUCAUGUCUCCAAGAUGCACUCCUCAAGAAAUGGUGCGUGCGUCAAGUCGCACUCGGGCAACACCCUCUCCUAGACCUAGCAUACGUUCAAACGCGUACUCGAUUGAUGCAAUGCGCCACAACCGGUCUUCGACAGGCUCAUUCACCUCUUCACCAGCUAAGAGAUCUUCGCCGUAUGGAUACCCCGCAGCUGAGAGCUACUUCACACAGAUGCCAGUGCAAUCACAGGUUUCCACUCAAUCCAUGGUCAGCAAUGUCUUGCCAUCGUCCAACCUCAACCCUACUAUUUCCUAUGCCUUCGGUGGCAUACCUAGGUUCCAUCAACCCUCCAUGCCACCAUCCUCGUUCGAUCCAGCUAGUCGCAUCGAGACCGUUCCGUACAUGUUGUCGAAUGGGACUUUCAGGACAUUGCAGUCCAAUGCAGGCCCCGGUGGUCAUGCUCAUGAUCAUUUCUGUGAUCACGCUGACCCUCCUGAUCUUUUUGGUCCUUUGUCGGAAGAACAGCUUGUGCCUCCUCUUGAGGACAUGAAGCCUGAUGACCCCGAUCUGACGCCACACGAGCAAGAACUCCGCUUUGAGGGCGACUUGUACACUCCCAGAUUUGUGCGAGGUCAUGGCAACAGACGAGAAGGUUGGUGCGGAAUCUGCAAGCCAGGCCGUUGGCUGGUUUUGAAAAAUUCUGCCUACUGGUAUGAUAAAAGUUUCACACACGGGAUUAGCGCAGCAUCUGGACAAGCAUUCGAGGGACCGCGUGAAACACGUAGAAUGGAUGGCAAUGCAGAUGUCUGGGAGGGUCUAUGUGGCAGCUGUGGCGAGUGGAUUGCUCUCGUCAGUAGCAAGAAAAAGGGAACUACGUGGUUCAGGCACGCAUAUAAGUGUCAUACACACUCGAAGGUUAAAGAUGCACCCAAACGGCGACGGGAAGGUAAUACUAAUCAACGUCCGACAACGAUGAAUCCUAUGACCAUACCGGGACCCACUCCUGGUUCCAUAAUAUCAGCUUCGACCUCAAAUCCAAUGCACAACAUGAGUGGAAGGAUUGAGACUGUCACCCCACUAAGACCUCUUUCAACGAUGGUUUAA